AUCCCAUGAGUCUGUGAUGUUGCUACUAUCCUUCAGCUUCCUACUGGUAGCCCUUCAGGGGGCCCAGGCUACUCCCAGAAGCGAUAGACGACAAGUCGUUCGGUCGUUUAACCCCCAUCGUAAUGCUAGCUCUCAGACCACGCCAUUGCAAGUUGGCAAUGGUAACUUUGCAUUUGGAGUAGAUGUCACUGGUCUCCAAACCUUUAGCCCCUUUGCUACCAUGUCGACUUGGGGUUGGCAUAACUUCAGUCUCCCAACUACGGUUGGCCAGACAUCCGUAAAUGAUUUCACCGGUUUGGACUGGUGGACGCAUGGUCGGUUGGUUAACUACGACCAGCCUAACCCGGCAGAAAAUGAUAUUUCCAACUGGUUGAUUCAAAAUCCUCAACGAGUGAACUUGGGAACCAUAGGGAUAUGGUUUAACGGCGAUGAUGUAACUGAAGAAGCGUUGGAGAAUAAAUCCCAGACGCUUGAUCUUUGGACUGGCAAAAUUUCGUCUUCUUUUACUUACAAAGAGACUCCCGUCAAGGUUGAGACUUGGGUAGACUCGAGCUCUGACACAGUCGGUAUUGCCAUAGAGUCUGAGCUCUUCUCUGGAGGGUCCCUUGGCGUCUUCUUUGACUUUCCUUUGCCAACUGUGAACAAGUUUGAGGCUCCUUUUGUUGGUGUCUUCAAUGCUACCGACAAGCAUAACACAACCCUUCAGAAAAGGGGUAACAGGGCAGAUAUCCGACAUGACAUGGAUGCUACAUCAUAUUACACCUCUGUUGUUUGGGGUUCCAGCGCCGAUAUAUCAGGUCCGCUUAAUGGGACCCAUCGUUAUAUACUACAGCCAUCGAGGGGAUCUAAGAAGAUUGAAUUAUCGGUUGCUUUCUCUCCGGCUUCAAGCACGCAUAUCAAAUCUUUCAGCGAUAUUACAUUCUCCUCUAAGACGUGGUGGGAAUCUUUCUGGGGAUCAGGCGCAUUUGUUGAUUUGUCAGGAGUAAAGUCGCCCGAUGCUACAGAGCUUCAACGGAGAACGAUUUUAUCCCAGUAUCUAACGGCUGUGAAUUCUGCUUCUUCAUAUUCACCUCAAGAAUCUGGCUUGGUCAAUAAUGGCUGGUACGGAAAGUUUCAUUUGGAGAUGGUCCUGUGGCAUCUUCUUCACUUCGCCCGAUGGAACCACUUUCCAUUAUUACAACGAAGCCUUCCGAAUAUGUAUAACCAGUAUUUAGACUCGUCAAUCGACAGAGCGAAACUUCAGGGAUAUGGCGGCGCUCGUUGGGGAAAGAUGACCGAUCCCACUGGACGAUCUGCUCCCGGAGAAAUAAAUUCGCUGCUCAUCUGGCAGCAACCCCAUCCGAUGUACUUCGCAGAACUCGAAUACCGGUCUAUGCAUAACGACGAUACUCUAAAAUCAUGGGAUAAUGUACUAACGUCAACCGCCGACUUCAUGGCCUCCUAUGCUUUCUUCAACGAGUCGACUAAACAUUACGACCUAGGUCCGCCGAUGUACCCGGUCUCCGAGAACACCAACCCUAAUGCUACCGUCAACCCGGCUUUCGAGUUAGCAUACUGGAGAUUCGGGUUAGAAAUCGCUAUAAAGUGGAAGCAGAGACAGAAUCUCACGGCGCCUGAGAUGUGGGUAGAAGUACGCGACAACCUAGCCCCGUUGCCAACCGCAGAUGGCGCGUUUGCGGUUUACGAAGGCAUCCCAAAUAUGUGGGAAAAUAUGACAGUUCAAGACCAUCCGGCUAUGUCCGCAAUUUUCGGUCUCCUUCCUCCGCCGAGCAGUGGGUCGCCUAUAAAUAUGACGGUCGUUAGGAAUACAGCGAAUAAGAUCCGGGAUCUGUGGGACUUUGAGGAUUGCUGGGGUUGGGAUUUUCCGAUGUUGGCUAUGAACUCAUUACGCCUCGGGGAUGUCGACCAGGCGGUGGCAUACUUACUACACCCCUUAUUCGAAUUUGAUGAUGCUGGGUAUCCCGUUGGCGGCUCGCAGGUACCGACACCGUAUAUGCCUGGGUCGAGUGCGUUCUUGUUAGCUAUGGCGAUGAUGGCUGGAGGGUGGGAUGGCGAGCCUGGGACGCAUUUUCCAGAGGGAUGGAAUGUCCGAGUUGAAGGGUUUGUGCCUGGGUUGUGAUGACCCAUACGGCCCAGAGAUAUGUAAAUUCACACUGUACAAAUCGAUAUAGAGAACUACCAUUUAGUAAACUUAUAGCUCUUAAACGUCGUUGAUUAUUUAUGGUCAUA